UGAGAAAAGCCAUUUUGUUAUGCUAGCUAGCUAAAUGGUAAAGACAGCUACCAACAACAUGAGUCGAACAUGUCAACGCUAACUAAGUCGCGUUGGAGCUCCUCUUUUCUUUUGCCCAACACAUUAACUGAGCUAGUUAAAAUCCGUAUGUAGUCCGCACUGACAUGGAGUAGCCUUGAAAGCUAAAAAGAAAAGUGGCGAAUGGGACGAAAAGUGUGCUGCAGUUUUAGAUAACACUCCGUUAGCUAGCUAUGUGUUUACUUAGCUGUCUCUAGUUUCUUUUUUUAUGCUCACCUAGCGUUGUGUUUUUCAAGUUUUUGCAACAUCAUGUACUUUAAAUAGACUUCCUGUGGUGCCAUCCAGAGACAAUUUAGUUCAACGAAGGGACUGCAUUGCUGAAAGCGAACCAAACAGGCAACAGGACAAUCCAGCAGUAACGUAGCAAAAACACUUUGAAGCACACAGCGGUAAGCCAAAGCGCUAAUCUGAUAAUGGCAGAGGACACCCGACAGGACAAGAGGGCCAGUUUUUCGGCUUUGACCGAGCACAGCACCAACGGGAUGGCCAGGACUUCAGGAAAAACAGGCGCCUCAAAGAAAUUAGUGAUCAAAAACUUCAAAGAUAGGCCAAAACUAGCAGAGAACUACACAGAAGACACGUGGCUGAAGCUUCGAGAUGCGGUGGGUGCCAUCCAGAACAGCACCUCCAUCAAGUACAACCUGGAAGAGCUCUAUCAGGCCGUGGAGAACCUGUGUUCGUACAAAGUCUCCCCCACGCUGUACAAGCAGCUGCGGCAGGUUUGCGAGGACCAUGUGCGGGCACAGAUUCAUCAGUUCAGAGAAGAGUCGAUGGACAACCUUUCCUUCCUGAAGCGAAUGAAUCGCUGCUGGCAGGACCACUGCAGGCAAACUAUAAUGAUCCGAAGCAUUUUUCUCUUCCUGGAUCGAACAUAUGUGCUUCAGAACUCUCUGCUGCCCUCCAUCUGGGACACUGGGCUGGAGCUGUUCCGCACACACAUUGUGAGCGACAGUGCAGUCCAGAAGCGAACGGUGGAAGGCAUUUUGGAGCAGAUAGAACUGGAGCGAAACGGAGAGACUGUGGAUCGCAGUCUGCUGCGGAGCCUGCUGGGCAUGCUGUCAGACCUGCAGGUUUACAAAGACUCCUUUGAGGAGAGAUUUUUGACUGAAACAAAUCGUCUCUAUGCAGCUGAAGGACAGCGGCUGAUGCAGGAGAGAGACGUGCCUGAAUACUUGCACCACGUAGCUCGCCGUUUAGAAGAGGAGAAUGAUCGAAUUGUGAGCUACCUCGACCAGAGCACUCAGAAGCCUCUUAUCUGCUGUGUCGAGAAACAACUUUUAGGAGAGCAUAUGAACGCAGUUCUACAAAAAGGUCUGAGCAAUCUCCUAGAUGAGAACCGUGUUACUGAGCUGGCCCUCCUCUACCAGCUCUUCAGUAAGGUUAAAGCAGGACUGCCCACGCUGCUGCAGUUUUGGAGGGACUAUAUCAAGUCAUUUGGUGGGGAGAUUGUUUGCACACCAGAGAAGGACAAGGACAUGGUUCAAGAUCUUUUGGACUUCAAGGACAAGAUGGACAAUGUUGUGCAGAGCUGCUUUGCACGCAAUGAGGCGUUCAUCAACGCCAUGAAGGAGGCCUUUGAAACCUUCAUCAACAAGAGGCCCAACAAGCCUGCUGAACUCAUUGCUAAAUACGUGGACUCCAAGUUAAGAGCUGGAAACAAGGAGGCGACAGAGGAGGAACUGGAGAGAAUCCUGGACAAGAUCAUGAUAAUCUUCCGCUUCAUUCACGGAAAAGACGUGUUUGAGGCUUUUUAUAAGAAAGAUUUGGCCAAGCGUCUGCUGGUUGGUAAGAGUGCCUCUGUUGAUGCUGAAAAGUCCAUGCUGUCCAAACUCAAACAUGAAUGUGGCGCAGCCUUCACCAGUAAGCUUGAGGGGAUGUUUAAGGACAUGGAGCUGUCUAAAGACAUCAUGAUCCAGUUCAAACAGUAUAUGCAGAACCAGAGUGAGCCAAGCAACAUAGAACUCACUGUAAACAUCCUCACCAUGGGCUACUGGCCUUCAUACACACCUAUGGAGGUCCACCUUCCAUCAGAGAUGGUGAAACUCCAGGAAGUGUUCAAGCUGUUCUACCUUGGGAAGCACAGUGGAAGGAAGCUGCAGUGGCAGCCCACACUGGGCCAUGCUGUACUGAAGGCAGAAUUUAAAGAGGGCAAGAAGGAGCUGCAGGUUUCCCUGUUCCAAACUCUGGUGCUGCUCAUGUUCAACGAAGGGGAGGAAUUCAGCAUGGAGGAGACCCGUGCUGCUACCGGAAUAGAGGAGGGAGAGCUCAGGCGAACACUGCAGUCCCUGGCCUGUGGGAAAGCUCGCGUUCUCAACAAGAACCCUCGGGGGAAAGACGUGGAAGAUGGAGAUCGCUUCAAUUUUAACAAUGACUUUAAACACAAACUGUUCCGCAUCAAGAUCAACCAGAUUCAAAUGAAGGAAACGGUCGAGGAGCAGGUAAGCACCACAGAGCGCGUCUUUCAGGACAGGCAGUAUCAGAUCGAUGCAGCUGUUGUGCGCAUUAUGAAGAUGAGGAAAACCCUGAGUCAUAACCUGCUGGUAUCAGAGCUCUACAACCAGCUCAAGUUUCCUGUCAAGCCGGGAGACCUGAAGAAGCGGAUCGAGUCGCUCAUAGACAGAGACUACAUGGAGCGUGACAAGGAGAUUCCCAACCAGUAUCACUAUGUCGCCUGAGGGAACGCCGCUGUAGCUGCAGUGCUGUUUCCCCACAGCGAACGCACAGCUGGCCCAACUGCACAGGAUUACAGCCCCUCAGCCACCCGACUCUCCUCUGGUGCCCAUCUUGUCCUUCACAUUCACAAUCCUGGACGCAGUGUUCAGGAGACGCAGAGCUCCAGAGAGACAAGAGACUUGGCUGCGCUGUUCCCCAUUCUGCAAUAUGCUUCAUGGGACUCUGAGACUGGGCUGCAGAUGUGGACUGGGUUGUUGAUGGUUGGUUAUGACUAACAAAUCUGCUAGUGCGAAAUUCAACUCAAAAUAACUAGCACUUUCUUAGUUUUUUUUUUAGAGAGAUUGGGUUUUCCUUCUUACAUCACAUUACAAAUCACUCUUUGUAUUUUGCAGCUUGUUUGUCACGAGUUUUUGGAUUUUUAUUUCUUCUUCUUUUCUCGAGGUGUUCUCCCUUUAAUUGGUUGUGCUAACUACUGAGUGUCAACCUGACUGGCUUGGUUGCUUGACUGGUUAGAGAAGCAGCUGCCUGUGUGAAACCGAGUCUUGAGCAAAACGUUGGCCGAUGUGGUUGGGCUCGUUGUGUUUUACACAAAAGCUAAAUGAGAUGCAGGCCAGCCAUUUGUGUAUUUUUCUUUUCAGUUUCUUUUACGUUUGACCAAAAUGUCCAAUGUCACGUGCUGAUGCUGAUGUUUUUGUAGAUCGGACUGUGAGUGCAAAAAGUGAAUUUGAAUAAAUGAUUAUUUAAUGAUUGA